AUCUUCACAUUCACACAUCCAUUUCAGACACACAAAAGCAACUUCUGUUAGGCUUACCAUGACAGUCUUGUCUCACUACUGAUUCAAAAAGGAGGCAAGGACUCAAACGCACCACUCAAAGCAGGCGCAGACAUACAGGAAACUGCCACUGUCUCACAUACUGAUAAGUAACUAAAGAGAAACUGCUGAUCUGGGACCAGUUGGAAGGACAAAAUGGGUGUGUGGACAGCCCUGAUUCUGGCCUCGCAGCUGCUAUUAAAACUGUGCUUACACGUGGAAGCCCAGGCUUUGGUCUAUGAUCUGCUCACCUCGCCUGAUUGCCUGCCAGACCUGCUGCAGGGGGGUCUGGCUGAGCAAGGAGUGAAUGAGGCUUUCAUCCUAACCUCCUUCAAGUUGCAACCCAAGACCGGAACCUCUGUGUUUACCCUGUACAACCCCAGGGACAACAGCAAGUACUUUGAGUUCACUGUGAUGGGGAAGCUCAAUAGAGCUGUGUUACGCUACCUGCGGAGUGACAAGAGGAUGAGCUCAGUAACCUUCAACAACCUGGUGCUGGCAGAUGGCCAACAACACCGACUGUUGUUUCACCUAAAGGGGAUGCAGCAGCAGGGGCCAGGCGGGGUGGAGCUGCAUCUGGACUGCAGGCUGGUGGAGACAGUCAGGGAUCUCCCUGCUGCAUUCCAGGGUUUGCCAGCAGGCUAUGGUAUGGUGGAGCUAAAGACCAUGCAAGCCAGAGAGCAGGAGAGUUUAGACGAGCUCAAGCUGGUGGUUGGGGACUCAUUUGAGAAUGUUGCAUCAUUACAAGACUGCCAUUUCCAACAAAGAGACUCCGUUCAAACUCUGGGGGUCAAUACGAAGCAGCUGUCCAAUCAAAUGCUGGAGUUAACGAAGGUGAUAAAUGAGCUGAAAGAUGUCCUCAUUCAGCAGGUCAAAGAGACCUCAUUUCUCAGAAACACAAUCUCAGAGUGUCAGGCCUGCGGUCUGGGUGGUACUGAGGUGGUAAAACCAAGGUGUGCCCCAGGUGUCUGUUUCCGUAACGAUAUGUGUAUAGAGACAGCGGACGGUAUCGAGUGUGGACCAUGUCCUGAUGGGUACACUGGGGAUGGUUUCAACUGUGAUGAUGUGGAUGAGUGCCAGUUUAACCCCUGCUUCCCAGGAGUAAAGUGUGUGAACACUGCUCCGGGCUACCGCUGUGACGCCUGUCCGCUGGGUUACACCGGCCUGCCAGUGGAGGGUGUGGGCGUUUUGUUCGCCCAGACCAACAAACAGGUCUGUGACGACAUCGACGAAUGCAAAGGACCAAACAACGGAGGCUGCACUGCAAACUCAAUGUGUCACAACUCUGUGGGCUCUUACAACUGCGGCAGCUGUAAGACAGGUUUCACAGGAGAUCAGGUGAAAGGCUGUAAGCCAGAGCUCAGCUGCGGCAACAGCCUGACCAAUCCGUGUGACAUCAACGCCCAGUGUACUGUAGAGAGGGACGGGUCCAUCUCUUGUCAGUGUGGAAUUGGGUGGGCCGGUAAUGGAUACCUGUGUGGGAAGGAUACCGACAUUGAUGGAUACCCAGAUGAGAAACUCAAAUGCAAAGAUAUAAACUGUAAAAAGGAUAACUGUGUCUACGUUCCUAACUCUGGUCAAGAGGAUGCCGACAGGGAUGGUCAAGGAGACACCUGUGAUGACGAUGCAGAUGGUGAUGGUAUACCAAAUGAGCAGAUGAUGGAGUUGGAGACGUGUGUGAGUCUGACUUCGACCAAGACAAAGUGAUUGACAGGAUAGACAACUGUCCUGAGAAUGCCGAGGUUACAUUGACUGACUUCAGGGCCUAUCAGACGGUGGUGCUGGACCCUGAGGGGGACGCCCAGAUUGAUCCCAACUGGGUUGUUUUGAACCAGGGAAUGGAGAUUGUUCAGACCAUGAAUAGUGACCCAGGAUUGGCUGUUGGUUACACUGCUUUCAGUGGAGUAGACUUCGAGGGCACAUUUCACGUAAAUACAGUGACUGACGACGACUACGCCGGUUUCAUCUUUGGCUACCAGGACUCAUCCUCUUUCUACGUGGUGAUGUGGAAGCAGACUGAGCAGACCUACUGGCAGGCAACACCUUUCAGAGCUGUGGCCGAGCCCGGCAUCCAGCUUAAGGCUGUGAAGUCUACAUCAGGCCCCGGGGAGCACUUGAGAAACUCACUGUGGCACACAGGAGACACCAACGACCAGGUUCGUCUGCUGUGGAAAGACCCAAGAAAUGUAGGCUGGAAGGAUAAGGUGUCCUACCGCUGGUACCUGCAGCACCGCCCACAGGUUGGAUACAUCAGGGCUCGAUUUUAUGAGGGAACUGAGCUGGUGGCCGACUCUGGCGUGACCAUUGACACAACCAUGAGAGGGGGACGACUUGGUGUCUUCUGUUUCUCUCAAGAAAACAUCAUCUGGUCCAAUUUGAAAUACCGCUGCAAUGACACAAUCCCAGAGGAUUUCCAGGAGUUCAGCACUCAGCACGGUGUUGACUCACUGUAAAGUCGAGACAGAAAUAUGACCGCCAGAUCUCCAAAAGAAUGCUUCAGUGUGUGUGUGUGUAAGAGAGAGAGUAUGUUUAUGUGAAUGUGUGUGUGUGUGAGCGUAUGUUUGUGUGUGUAUUGAUGUGUACAGUUUCUGUGCAUAUGUGACCACAAGUUUUGUACUGUAUUGUGUCUGUUUCCUUUACCCAAUUGUGUCUUCCUCCUUUAGUCAUCUCUUAAAAACUUUUUUACCAAACAUGAGGCAACAUGACAUGACAUAGGAACAAAAGAAACAUAACAUAUGAACUUGUAAUGCAACAUAACAUGGACAUACUAUUCAGUAUUUCAGUUCCAUCAUUGCAUAUAGUUUUAGCACCAGAGGCCCCUGCGGUUUCAUCAUCAUUAUAAAAACUGUAUUUUCUCCCAUACAGUAUUAACUGAGAAGAUUUUAGCCUAAGUGUAGAAUAAACGUGUGCAAUCAGAACCUGCGUUGGAUCAACCUCAUACUGAUGUUUUCUACAUUUUGAUCAUAAACUGGUUGCAUUUGUUCAACCAUCGAAAUGGUAUUUUUACUCCUUUUGUGGAGAGGAUGAACAAACCAAGUUUUUUAUGACUCAAAUUUCAGAUUGUGCUUUGUCACACUUAUUGUAGAUGAUUAAUUUAAAGCUCAGUGUUACCUUGUUUGGUCCUUAAGAUUUUGAUCCUUUCAUAUCUAUGUAGUCGAGAACCUGGUCAAA